AUGGAUUCUGCCUCCAGACGACGAAGAAGGCGGGUUGCCGACGAGAAUCGCAAAAGGGCACCCCGAGCGGCGAGAUCGGUUUCUAUUCAAGAUACUGUGUCUGGUGACCUCACUGAACCUGGCGUAGCCGCUGCAUCAAGCAAUAUCCAAGCCCAACUACUGCAAGAUGAUGUCAAUCAUAAUGUUCCGCUGUCUCCGGCAUCAGUUUUGUCCCAAAGGCUCGCCGAACAUGUUGUUGCUGGUCAAUCCAAAAGGGCCCCGUGGCCAAACAUCCUCUCCCGCCUGAGGGAGGCUUUCUCGCUCCAUCCGGAUGCUGCUCCCGACGAAAGAGACGUGGUCGCCAUGCAAGCCCAUAUGACGCGGCCAAAGGCACUUCAUCCAUCUGAGGUAGCACGCUUACAGGCAGCAAUUGAUGCAUUCCCCCCACGCCCUAUCGCCGACUUCUUGCUUUCUGUAUUCAUUAAACACGCAACAGAUACAUUCUUCUACUUUGACCAGGACCGAAUAUUGUCUGAGAUUGACCAAUUUUACAUAGACACCACCUCACCGUUGAGAUCUGAUUUGAGCUUUGUCUGUCUUGUACUGGCAACAUUCGCACUAGGCAGUCAAUGGACGCCACUAGAAAGACCAUAUGAAUCUGCAGUCAGCCUGCAUCGGGAGAAUGAUGAUAUAGGCCAAUUGUUCUAUACUCAUGCCAAAACGCUUAUCCCUGACCUGAUUGACCGACCCUGCCUCCGAUCCAUUCAAGCGCCUUUCUUGUUGGGUGUCUACCUAAUGCCAGCAAGUGCUAUUGGAUCAUCCUAUAUCUAUAUGGGCUUGGCUUUGCGCAAAGCACUGGCAUUUGAUCUCCAUCUUAACCCAGAGGAUCAAGCAGUUGAUGGCCGGGAGAGAGAGAUCCGGUGUCGGUUGUGGUGGUCCAUAUAUUCCCUCGAGAGGUGUACCACUGUCAAACUGAGUAGGCCUCGCUCUAUUGAUGCCAAUGUAGUCAAAGUGCCACAUCCAUCGCCUCUCCCAGAGCUGGAUCGUCUGCAAAGAUAUAACAAUAUUCAAUUCCAGAUGGCGUACACUCGUCUGAUCAAGAUUCUCGAUCGAAUUGCCGAGCCAUGCACUAUCACCGAAGCAGAAGAGCAGUUAGAAUCCGAUUCCCUGGCCUCUGAUCUUCGACAAUGGAAGAAGUCCCUACCGCCAGACUUCAAGCUUGACAACAUGGACCCAAAAGACUCAAAAUACCGCACGAUCUUCCACCUCUAUUUGAAUUAUUACUAUGCGUGGAUAACCAUGGGCAAAGUCGCCCUCGUAACCGUUGCUCGAACGAGCCUUCGCUGUUAUAUGUUUCCUGCGUCGCGCCCUCCGCAUCCAAGCGAGGCUAUUUUGAGGCGAUCUCGAUAUUGUGCAAAGGCAGGCAGAAAACUUCUUUUGUUAUUCGAGAAUCUUACACAAACCCGCAACAUCACUCGAUUUUCCUUUACGGACUUCCAGGGAUGCAGUAUUGCGACGAUCGUGACACUAGUGGCCGGGAUUACGGAACGCGAUUCAGGAUACACUUCUCGAGUGAAAUUCGGUCUAGAUUGCCUUCGGAGAAUGGCAACUGGGAACAUGACAGCCAAGUUGGGGGUAAAUUUUGUUGAAGCCGUGCAGUCGAUAACAAACGAGGCCGCGGAGAAGCUCCAUCAAGCAUCCUCCACGGCCAACGAAACGCAGGAUAUACAAGCUUCGGCUUCUACAUCUGAUUACAAUCAAUGGGCUGAAUGGCUUACCAGAUUGGAACACUCUCAGACACUGGAGCAAAGAGCAGUCCAUGUUGUACAACCCGAUGUGCCGUUUUCACCUACUGUAUUGCACCCACCACAGUCAAACGAGCAUACAUCCGAUUGGAGGACUGCCGGUGAGCAGUAUAUCUUGGAAAGCUCAAUCCCGCAGAACCUAGCACACGACUCAACUAUGUCGCGGGAGUUCCACUCUAUAGAGUACGACUUUUUGUCGGGACUCCAGAGUGAUGAUCCAACUUUUCUCAUGGGCUUGACUGGGCUUGAUGUCCUAGACUUCUCUGGAUUUACAUAA